AUGAGCGGAAGAGGUAAAACUGGAGGAAAAGCCCGCGCCAAGGCCAAGACUCGCUCUUCCAGAGCAGGGCUUCAGUUCCCUGUCGGUCGUGUUCACAGACUCCUACGUAAGGGUAACUAUGCUCAGCGGGUCGGUGCUGGAGCUCCAGUGUAUCUGGCCGCUGUGCUCGAGUAUCUGACCGCUGAGAUCCUGGAGUUGGCUGAAAACGCCGCUCGGGACAACAAGAAGACCCGCAUCAUCCCCCGACACCUUCAGCUGGCGGUGCGCAAUGAUGAGGAACUGAACAAGCUUCUAGGCGGAGUGACCAUCGCUCAGGGCGGCGUGCUGCCCAACAUCCAGGCCGUGCUGCUGCCCAAGAAGACCGAGAAGGCGGUGGCUAAAACCGCCGGAAAAGGAGGAAAGAAGCGCAAGAGGACCAGGAAGGAGAGUUAUGCUAUCUACGUGUACAAAGUGCUGAAGCAAGUUCAUCCUGACACCGGGAUCUCCUCUAAAGCGAUGGGCAUCAUGAACUCGUUUGUCAACGACAUCUUCGAGCGCAUCGCCGGUGAGGCGUCUCGUCUCGCUCACUACAACAAGCGCUCCACCAUCACAUCCAGAGAGAUCCAGACCGCCGUGCGUCUUCUGUUGCCCGGUGAGCUGGCCAAACACGCCGUGUCUGAGGGCACAAAGGCCGUCACCAAGUACACCAGCUCCAAGUAAAGCGCGGAGUCAAC